AUGGGCAUGAAGAGCACCGGGGGAGAGAUUGUUCAAGUCCAAGGAGGGCACAUUGUUCGGUCCACAGGUAGAAAAGACAGGCACAGUAAGGUUUACACUGCAAAGGGUCCUCGUGACCGCAGGGUUAGGCUCUCAGCACACACAGCAAUUCAGUUCUACGAUGUUCAGGACCGUUUAGGCUAUGACAGACCAAGCAAGGCUGUGGACUGGCUCAUCAAGAAGGCCAAGAAUGCCAUUGACAAGCUGGCUGAGCUUCCUCCAUGGCACCCUACUUCCAACACUGGAGAUGCAGAGAACAACCAUAACAAUGCAGGGUCAACUGACAUGGCCAUUACAGAACAAUCAGAGUCUUCUGGUUACAAUUUUCAGCUGCAAAGGCAAUUAGGUGAGGACCAUGAUAACCACCAUUCAGCUUUCAUUCCUUCACCUAUUGACACUGAUGCAAUAGCCUUCUUUCCCACAACCACUGCCACCUCCUCCAUCAAUUUUCAAACCUACCCUCCUGAUAUAAUCUCAAGAACCAACAACUCCACUGAGGAUCUUGGCCUUUCCCUCCACUCCUUCCAAGACCCUGGCCUGAUUCAUGGCCAGUCCCAAGCAGGUGCAAACCAAACACAAACCCCUUCCAAUCACCAAACCCUCUUUUCUAGCUCAACUCAGGUGGAGUUUGAAGCCAAUUACCCUAGGAUUGUAACUUGGAACAAUGAUGCAGGCACAGAUAUGAACAGAGCCGGGUUCAUGGUCAACUCAACAGCACUUCUAGGCCAAGGUGGUUCUGUUGCAUAUUCCCAAAGGGGGACCCUUCAGUCCAGUUUUCCACCAUCACUUCGUCCUUGGGGUGACAUUCCCAUGGCUUCUUCCUCAGAACAUCACAAGUCACAACCAAUUCAACAGGCCUCCAUCUUUGGCAGCAGGUUUCUGUCUGAUGCUUUGCCAGGGUUCUGCAUUCCUGCUAGAAUUCAAGGCGAGGAUGAGAGCCAUGGUGUUGGUCCCGACAAGCCAUCAUCUUCAUCACCUAAUUCUCAUCACUGA